AUGGGUCAAUGGUGGGGAAAAGAAAUCCAAAACAAUCAAAAAAUAUCGACCACAACCACGAAAACUACAGAAAAUGAUGUCCGCCCGGGUACAAGCAGCGAACUUGUUACCAAUACACUAAAUGUUGUUGAACAACAACAAGAAACGUUUGAACCGCUUCGGGACGCAUUUGCACGGAUCUCAUCUCAAAAAGAACCUACUACUGCCUCUACUGGUAAAAGCAGUGGAGAGUCUGAAAAUGAGACGUCUGAAAAAAAGUACGAUUUUUGGCAAACACAUAAACAGUUGGUUAUGGGUCAAAAAAAGAAAAAGAAAAAUAAGGAUGGUGAUGAAAUAUCACUGUAUUUAUCAAGUCCUGUAUUAUCUCUAAAAAGCAAUCCUUUAGAAGAAUGGGAAGAAAUAAAAACAGUGUUUCCACUACUGUAUAAACCAGCAAGAAUUUUUUUAGUUGUAGUUGCCACCUCCGUUCCCUGUGAACGGUUAUUUUCCAAAGCAGGGUCAAUUAUGACUAAAAAUCUCAACAGGCUUUCCACAUUAGAAUCUCAGUUAACAACAAACAUGGCAGAUUAUCACAUAAGGGAGGUGGCAGAGUCCCUCUAUAGUAGUGUCACAAGCCCACCAUAUAGAAAUAUAUCACAUUCUCAGUCAGUAAACUUAGUAGCUGAAGAUUUAGUAGCGGGACACAGGCCACAGGGUAGAAUGUCGAGGGUCCGUCGUUUCUUCUGCCUUUUCGUCACUUUUGAUAUACUGUUCACGAGUUUGAUGUGGCUUAUUUGUGUCAUGAUGAAAGGAGAAACUUUAAUACAAAUUUUCAACAGAGAAAUUAUACAUUACGAUAUAAAAGUGUCGUUAUUUGAUAUAGUAAUAGUCGCAGUGCUUCGGUUUAUUUUAUUAUUAUUAUUUUACGCCAUAUUAUAUAUAAAUAAUUGGAGUGUUAUUGCGCUCUCGACGGGAGGAACGUGUGCUUUUUUAAUAGGAAAAGUCUUCGUAUAUGACUGGCCAGACGCAUCGCAACCAGUCUACCAAGUGUUCCUAAUACUGACUUCAUUCACCCUCUCGUGGGGGGAGGCAUGGUUUCUGGACUUCAGAGUUUUACCUCAAGAGCUACAGGCGAAAUAUAUUAUGGAGUCGAUAGUUCAAAGCAGUGUAUCAGAAAGGACACCAUUACUUGGCCCCCAAAGGCCGCCACAGUCUACCCAUGGCGAGUCCACAGUGAACUGGUUCUCUCCAGUGGAUACACCCGAAUCGAGUCCACAUCCACGACGUGAUGUUAUACUUACUCAAGAUCUGAUAUCUGAAUACAAGAAUAUGGCGGAAGAGAGCAUGCAAAAUGCAUGGAAGACAAUAAAUUUGCCCAACUGGAGGCUUGAGAAGCGAGGGUCUCAGAAAGGUGACAUGGUCGAGUCCACACAGACGGAGCAGUUCGGCAAAGUUUAUAGAUUCUCUGGCGUAGUGGACUGUCCAGCUAAGUUUUUGUUUGAACAAUUUAGAGACAACAUAACAAAACUUCCCGAGUGGAACCCCACCAUAUUGAAAAGUGAAUUAAUAAAGGAAAUAGCCCCCGGGAUUGACCUGUCCUACCAAGUAACAGCAGGUGGGGGUCGCGGGAUCAUUGCCCCGCGGGAUUUCGUCAUACUCAGGCGGAUGGCACCAAUAUCCAAAGAGGGGUCAAUAGUUGAGAACGACCCCUAUUGUUACAUAACUAGCGGGGUCAGUGUCCAAGUUCCCGGGUAUCCCCCUCACAGGGAUAUGGUUAGAGGUCACAAUAAAGUGGGUUGUUGGUGUCUAACGCCAAAAUCAGUGGAGACUGCCGGUGGGAAAAUGGAAGAGAGAACUGUCUUCCAGUGGCUUAUGUGCUGUGAUUUAAAAGGUAAAAUACCACAAUUUGUGUUAGAUGCGGCAUUUGCAACAGUCAUGUUGGAUUAUAUAGUGCACGUACGAAAGUUUGCUGCUGAGAGCAAAGCCAAGGGACUAUUU